CAUGUCUUAGGUUGUCUUCUUGUGUCCUGCGGUAGGUAGGCUACACCAUUCGAUUUGAGGAUUGCACCAGCCCAGAAACAGUCAUCAAGUAUAUGACCGAUGGCAUGCUGCUGAGAGAGUGCCUGAUUGACCCUGACCUCACCCAGUACGCUAUCAUCAUGUUGGACGAGGCUCACGAGAGGACCAUUCACACGGAUGUGCUCUUCGGAUUGUUAAAGAAGACAGUUCAAAAACGACAAGACAUGAAGCUGAUUGUCACCUCAGCCACCUUGGAUGCGGUGAAGUUUUCUCAGUACUUCUAUGAAGCUCCCAUCUUCACCAUCCCUGGUCGGACCUAUCCAGUGGAAAUACUGUACACAAAGGAGCCCGAGACAGACUAUUUGGACGCCAGCCUGAUCACUGUUAUGCAGAUCCAUUUAACAGAGCCACCAGGUGAGGGGAGUGGAAGGCUUUUGUCUUAGGCCAAAAAUCCUACUGGGUGUAUUUUUGGCUAGUCUUGUAAGAAACACAUUUUAAAUAUUGUUCUCUUUGUAAGUCUCAGGCAUGCAUAUUUGGAAUAAAAUAUUAUUCCAAAUUAAAAUAGUGAUAUAAUAGUUUAAAAAAGUGAUAUAAGGUUUAAAUGCACUUAAUUAAAUGUAGACAGAUGAUAA